GAAAUGGGUCAGCUUGUUAUGAUUCGACCCAAAGAAAUCCGAUCCGACCCAAAAUCCUAAGAAUUUCUUAUACUUUUGACACGUAGAAAUUGUGACAAUGCGUUGAGAGGGAGAGAUUUUACAUCACACACUCUGCUGGACUGAAGCUUGAGCCACUCUUCCUUCUCCAAAUUUCGAAAAUGAACAACUUUCUCACCGUCGUCUCUGCUUCUGUAGCUGUCGUCCUCGCCAUUAUAGCCUCUCUUCCUCUUCUCAAACCCAACCACCAGUUGUUAAGUUGGAGGUCUCCAAGGGCGGACUUGGUGGUGAGAAAUGCCAAGAUAUACACCAGUGACGAGUCUCUCCCUUUCGCCGAUUCCAUGGCCGUCCGCAGCGGAAGGGUUCUGCGAGUCGGCAACUACUCCUCUGUUAAGGAUAUGGUUGGAGAUGGGACCAAGGAGUUAGAUCUUAUGGGAAAGAUUGUUGUCCCUGGAUUUAUUGAUUCCCACGUGCAUCUGAUUUCUGGUGGGCUCCAGAUGGCGCGUGUGAAACUACGAGGCAUAAGUCAAAAAGAUGAAUUUGUGAGGAGGGUCAAAGAAGCAGUGAGAAAUGCAAAUCAAGGUUCUUGGAUUUUGGGUGGUGGAUGGAACAAUGAUCUUUGGGGAGGGGAAUUGCCGAUGGCCUCUUGGGUUGAUGACAUCACACCUUACAAUCCUGUUUGGCUGUCGAGGAUGGAUGGCCAUAUGGGCUUGGCUAAUUCAGUUGCACUCAAGUUGGCUGGGAUUACAACUUCAUCAGAAGAUCCAAGUGGUGGAACAAUUGUGAGAUUCACCAGCGGAGAACCUACUGGAUUGCUGAUUGAUUCUGCAAUGAAACUUCUCCUUAUAUCCAUUCCAGAGGAGUCAGUAGAGGAGCGGAGGGAAGCUUUGAGUAGAGCCAGCAAUCAUGCCUUGAUGAGGGGUGUGACAACAGUUGUUGAUGUUGGUAGAUACUUUCCUGGGACAUCGGUGAAGCUUUCCUGGGAAGAUUUUUCUGAUGUUUAUAAAUGGGCUGAUUCUUCAGGGAAGAUGAUGAUUAGGGUCUGCUUAUUUUUUCCAUUGGAGACUUGGUUACAGUUACAUAAUCUUAUUACCAAAGUUGGCCGUACCAUGAGCCAAUGGAUUUACUUGGGAGGUGUUAAAGCUUUUGCUGAUGGGUCUUUGGGUUCUAAUAGUGCACUGUUUUAUGAGCCAUAUGCUGAUGAGCCUCAUAAUUAUGGCUUACAAGUGACAGAUAAUGAAAGUCUCCUCAACCUGACCUUGGCUUCAGAUAGAGUUGGGCUUCAGGCUGCUAUUCAUGCUAUAGGUGAUAGAGCAAAUGACUUGAUCCUUGACAUGUAUGAGUCAGUGUUUUCUACAAAUGGAGUGAGGGAUCGAAGAUUCAGGAUUGAGCAUGCCCAGCAUCUGGCACCUGAGACACCAGCCCGAUUUGGUAAACUAGGGAUUGUUGCUUCAGUACAGCCAGAGCACCUAUUAGAUGAUGCUGAGUCCGCAACCAAAAAACUUGGGAUAGACAGGGCUCAGAAGGGAUCUUAUUUGUUCCAGUCACUCUUGGCUAGCAAUGGACAAUUGGCAUUUGGUUCCGACUGGCCUGUGGCGGAUAUUAAUCCAUUAGGUGGCAUUAAGACAGCAAUGAAAAGGAUACCCCCUGGUUGGGAUAUUGCUUGGAUUCCCUCAGAGACCCUUUCAUUGAAUGACGCAUUGAAGGCGUACACUCUUUCAGCUGCUCGUGCAUGCUUUCUUGACAGCGAUUUGGGGUCCCUGUCGCCGGGGAAACUAGCAGAUUUUGUCAUACUGUCCAGGGAUUCAUGGGACGAUGUCGCAGCGGAAGGAUCUACAUCCGUUGAAGCUACAUAUGUUGGUGGUGUACAGGCCUAUCCCUGAAAGCCUAUAAUCUUGAAGAUAAAUUACACUUUUUACAGAAAACAUAGGCUUAAGAAAAGAGGGAAUAGCCCAACAUUUUAGGUUUAUGUAGUGAGCAGAAUUAGUAUGUAUAUGAUGUCCUUUAAAAAGCACUCUA